UCACCCCAGCAAAAUACCACCACCACGCCAAGCGCAGCAGAGAAGGGCGGGGCAGGGGAGGGCAAGAACCAAUCCAUGCCAUGGCAGACUCCGGCGACGUUGGAGAGGAGGAGGUCCAUGUGAAGCUCACCAUGGAACAGAUCGAGAAGCUGAUCGGUGAGGACGACCCAGAACUGGGUCUUGAGGCUAUGGAUCCAAAUAGGAAGGAGCUUGCGAUGCUGGCGGCAACGCGGCGGAUAAGGACGAGGCCUCAAGAGAGCCUACAGGAUGUCCCCAUUCAUACCAUUGAUGUUGGCACCGAUGAAGAUGAAUAUGACACCGUAUUGACACAUAUUCAAGAUUGGAUGCGUACUGUCCAGUCUUUGGAGCUAUAUGGCAAGCCUGUAAGCCCUCCCCUGGUGGACCUCAAGGACCAGAAGUAUUACAUAAUCCGGCUUCAGAAAGAAGGAGAUCCAAGACAUGUGGACCAUCUGUUUCAAUCCAGUGAUAUGUACUAUAUUGGCUUCAUGCCAAGUGGGCAGAAAUAUUUCUUUCGUUUCAAAGAUAUCAAGUUGCCUUCUUGGAUCCCAUCUCUAGCCCUGCCAGAGAAUUCCUCACACGGAGCAAUAGUUGACACUAUCUAUGGUUCACAUUGGUGGGAUGAGAUCUUUAGUACAUGCUUGAAAUGCACAAAGGACAACUGUAUUAAGAUCAGCAAAUCAAGAGUCAAGGCCCUCCAAAGGACAACUCUGCUCCUAGCCGAGCCACCUAGGAUACUAUCCCUUAAAGGAAAGGUCAAGAAGGUUAUCAGAACAGGAGUACCAGAUGAAGUUGGGAGCUCCGAAGAAGGGAUUCACAACUGGAUGACAAUGAGUAAAGUUGGUUUUGUCUAUAAGAUUAAGCCUACCUACCUCAAGUCCAUGAAGCUUCUGCACAGGUUCACUGAGUACAACCUGUUCAACAUAGAGAAGAACGAGUUUCAACCUUGGAAGAUCAUUGGGCCACAAGGGGAAAUUCUGGUGUUUAAGUUUGAAGAAACACUUGUGACUGAAAUAAUCAAGAAGCAACAGGAUGAAGCACUAAAUACUAUAUGUAGGAUUCUUGAGGAGGAGCCAUCGCCAAGCGGCAAUUGGAAGAGGUGUAUCCAUCGAAGUCAACACCCAGAUAUUUUGAUAUAUCUAGCUUAUCUUCUCACACAGGGAGAGGGAUAUUCAUUUGAAAUAAGGCGGGAUGCUGGUCUUCUCUUGAAGAGGAGCCUAAGAGAGGAAUUCUGUGCAAUGGUCCCUGCCUAUCAAGAUUAUAUUAAGUCACAACUGAUUCCAUGCAUAUGGAAAGAUAAUGCACUAAUUCAGUCAAUAGCUGGAGAUGUAAUCACAGAAGUCUUGGAAAUCAUCCAUGCUGAAAAAUGGGAUGAGCUAAUUACAUCCCUGCAAAUGUGUAUAGCUAGUGGUGUGUUUGAGCAGCUAAAAGGGGCAAUGAACCUGAUUUUCAAGAUUUCUGUGGAACUGCCGCACGAGCUUGAGCGUGAUGUUGCAGUUUUAGAUGAAGACAAUGUUGCUGUUUUAGAUGCAGAUGGAGUUGCUCUUUUGGAACCAGUCUUUAUCUUUUUGACAACCUGUCUUGAGAUGUUAAAGUCCACACAUUUGGAUAUUAGAAGAUUGGCACUUCAAUGUAUCGAUAACUACAUAAUGAGACCUUCACUUCUAGACAUGCCCGUUGAUAAGUAUCUUGAUGCCUUAUUCUGGCUUUAUAAGAGAAAUGUGGGUACCACUGAUGAAAAUGGAUUGGAGGAGAUGUCUGCCAUUGUGAAAUCGAUGGGCUCUAUAGCCCAAAGAUGUAUUAACAUGAAGGUUUCUUAUCUCCCAAAGAUUAUUGAAUCGUUAACUCUACUGCUUAAAGAGGAGGUUCCUUCUCUACUGAGUGUUGCAUGUGUGACGCUCUCUGAGUAUAGCAAAUACAUUGUGCAGAGCCUUCGCCAUCCAAUUGGCUGUGCGCAGUUUGAGGAGAUCAUCCGCGUUCUACAUGAAAAACGGUCACACAGUGACUGCUCUGUUCAGUCCAGCGUUUCUCUUGCAUUGGACACUAUAGGAAAGGAGGAUGCUGCUGUUGUACAAGUCAUUAAUGAACUUAACUCUGACAUGGAUACAUAUUCAUUCCUUCAGUGUCUUACAUCUGUUUCAAAGGCAGUGCAGCAAAGUCUUUGCCAGUUUAUUCUUCCUGUGUUCCGUGGGUGCACUCUUCUAUUGGCAAAGGAACACGACAAGAAUAAACUUUACACCUGCUUGGAAAUAUCAUCAGACGUACUUAAACAUGGAUUAUCUGCUGGUAAUGAAAUCCCAUCAGCACAAGGGAUGUCAGCUGGCAUUCAAAGCAUGAUUGAAGAUGGCGGCUUGAUUUGCAUACUUGAUCAGUUGUGCUCGGAUGAAAAUGAUGACAUCAAACACAGCACCCUCGAUCUGCUAGGUGUUCUUUCCGAGAUUGUUCAAGAUGAUGAAAGCCUAGCCAGGAUGCAAAACAUUAUUGCUAGGUACCAUGGAAACGCGGAUCCAGGCUACAGAGGCAUGUAAAUGGGCAUCUCUUAAACUAAAAAAGAGGAAAUGUCGUCUUGUUUUGUUCAGAUGGAAAAACAAGAAUUGGAGUAUAACUGUAUGAAGUUAGGGGUGUGUGUGUCCCUCCAAAUGCAGCGUAGUUUGUAUAUAAAUCACCUUUCUGGGCAACACCAGUAACUUUUACGUGUUGACAGUUGCCAAAAAAUCCCUUUAUGUUGCUUUGCAAUUAUUAGAAAACAUGGCGGACAAGUUUGGGUGUUUGUUAAUUUAA